AUGGGGAAGGCGUCUGAUGGAUCAUAUUCGAUUCCUCUGUGCGAGCGAGCAAGGACGUUAUUCUCAUUACGUCGUACCGCAUGUCUGGUCAUGGACAAGCAAGACGAGACGCAGAUCAAUAGCACGUACAGAGACUACACUGAGCCACUCAAGGACACCGAUGCACAAGGAGCCUCGUCUAAUGGUCCACGUAGCUCAUCGGGUUGGGAUGGGAAAUUACGAGUUCAACCACGCAAUGCAGUCUUAACAAACCCAGAAGCCCUCAGUGACCCAGAGUACAGUGAUCCGGAUGCUCCUCCUGUUGAACAGAUUCCAGCCGACGAUGACUUGCUCGAUGAUGAGGACUCAGAAGCCGAAGAUAUCGACCUUGUGCAUUGUCGCAUCUCCUCCAUCCCUUCGCUCCGACUCGAACGCUUUCCCAAGCUCAAAAGAUUAUGCCUCCGCCAGAAUGCAAUCGAGCACAUCCAAUGCCCCUCCGAGUUAGGCGAAACUUUGGAAGAGUUGGACCUGUACGACAAUCUGAUCAAGCACAUUGAAGAAGGCGAUCUGCAGGCUUUCAAACACCUUCGAACCCUCGACCUAUCUUUCAACAAGCUCAAGCACAUCAAGAAUUUCCCCACCUUAUCGAGUCUAGUCGAGCUCUAUUUUGUGCAGAACCGAAUAGCGAAAAUCGAAAAUCUUGAUAACCUCACAAGCCUCACCACGAUCGAGCUCGCAGCCAAUCGUAUCCGGGACAUCGAGAACCUCGACAAGCUGACCAAUCUACGCGAGCUAUGGCUAGGCAAGAACAAGAUUACAGAGAUCAGAAAUAUAUCGCACCUCAUAAAUUUGCGUCUUGUGGAUCUGAAGUCUAAUCGUCUUACUGCUAUAUCUGGCCUAGACUCACUGCUGGGUUUGGAAGAGCUUUAUGUGUCUCACAAUGCCAUAACGGAAAUAUCAGCCUCCUCGCUACACCAGAACAGCAAAUUGCGAGUCCUAGAUAUCAGCAACAACCGUAUCACACGUCUUGAGAACAUAUCCCACCUCAAAGAGCUGGAAGAGUUCUGGGCUAGCGCAAACGGGAUCAGCGACUUCAGAGAGGUAGAAAGAGAGCUUUCAAACAAGGAGAAGCUGGAAACAGUCUAUUUCGAAGCAAAUCCCUUACAGCUGAAUGGCCCGGCUGUUUACAGGAACAAGGUCAAGCUAGCGUUGCCUCAAGUGAAGCAGAUUGAUGCUACCUUUGUGCGAGUGUGA